UGUUCAGGGGGAACAACUCUAUUAAAUGCUUCAACAAGUAACCAAGAACUAACUUCACCAAAUUACCCGUCAAAUUAUUAUCCGAAUUUAUCUUGUAAAUGGUUGAUAAAAUCGUCCAACUCAAGCCAUGUUAUCCGUGUGAAUAUUGUUGAUAUGAGCAUAGAAAGUAGUUUCACUUGUCGCUAUGACUACCUUCUGAUUUAUAACGGUAAUUCCACAAACUCCGAUGUUUUAGGCCGGUUUUGUGGGUCUAGUACCACGUCUGUAUCAAGCAGAGAUAACUCUAUAUUAAUAACGUUUGUAUCUGACUGGGGUGUACAGUAUACCGGCUUCAAAUUAAAAUAUUUUUCUACAGAGUUCGUUAAAACGACGAGUAGGCCUACAACAAUCACCAUGACUACUGAAUCCUCGUCGUCUAAUGGUUCUGGCGAAACAGAUGAUUCACAAAAAAUAGUCCUUAUUAUCGGAGCUCUUUUUGGCAGUUUGUUUGUUCUUGUUGUGUUCUUUUACUCAUUGGGGUACGCUCUUCACACCUUCAAAACGAAAUAUUCAACCAAUAUAAAUCCUUCUAACAAUUCGUACAACCAAUCAUAUCAUAACAAUGGUCACAUGAACAUAUGCGCCCCACCUCCAUAUGAGGAGCACGCAUUACCAGAUAGUCCUCCGCCUAAUUAUGAAACGAUAGAUCCGAACAGAAUUUCAAAUGCUGCCGCCGUUUUGAGAAAUAUGUUCAACAACACAGACCGAAUGGGUUCAAGAACGAGAAACCACAGGAGAAUGUCGGUGGAGUGUGAAUCAAUCAAUGGACAUUCUUUAGACGAAUCGCCAAGAAUGAACAACAAUAUUAGUUCAUUUACUAAUAAUAAUUCGCCGCCAUUUAUUUCGACGGCCGCAGACCGAAUGAAUUCCAGAACGAGAAACCACAGAAGAAUGUCGGUGGAGUGCGUAUCAAUCAAUGGACAUACUAUGGACGAUUCACCAGGAAUAAACAACAACAUUAGUUCAAUUACUGAUUAUAAUUCGCCGUCAUAUAUUUUGGUGGCGCCAAUUUCGACGGCCGCCACAUUAGAGUCCAAUACCCCAAGAAGAAAUAUGAGACCUAUAGAAUCUUAGUCUCGUUGAUCGUGAUUUAGACAAUUGUGAAUCCCUUUCAAACGGCGAUAUUUUUGUGAAUGUUGGAGCUUGAAAAAGAAUACCAGUCAGUAUUUUUAGAGAUAUACUGAAUUGAAAGUUUCCCAAUACACUCCUUCCACUGCAGACUAUAUUUAUAAACAAACCCGCGCAACCAAUACAAUGGCGGGAAAUUAUAUUGGUUUUAUUUUGAUGAAGAUAAAUUAUGGGAGAUUAGAAAUGAAAUGAAAUGAAAUGGGGUUUAAGGUCCUAAUGUUCUGCUCCUAUUCUGGGCUAAUGAAGACGGGCAUGUGCCAUACAGUGUGCUAUGAGGGAAAUUUUGCCCGGGCAGCGGCACUAUCGCCUACUCUUAUAUCGAAUUCCAACUGCCAAGGGAUCUUUUACGUGCAUUCCAAUGUAUACACAGGACUUCGGUUUUUUGUCUCAUCCGAAGGACUAGACAGCUGUCCUUGUCAGGCCCUCCGUUCUGCACCACUGACAAGGUAAAACCGGGAGAUUAGAUAAAGAGCUGACAGUUCUCACUACAAUAGUUAAAAACUAGAUACUGUAAAGGCUAUUUGCUGAAAAUUUCAGUCAAAUUGCUUCACUCUAAGCCGAGAAAACCUUAUUUUAAAAUCUUUAUAGCCUCCAUUGUCAUUGUUAGCGCUGUCACGAUAAGUAACAAAGUCUCGAUUAUCCACUUUUGCGUUUAAUUAUCAACAACGUUGAACAGCAGAUCGGAUUCAAAUCCAUUGAAAAUCGGACAGAUAAGAUCACAUCGAGAGUUGAUUAUGGUCUUUUCAUGUUAAUAAAUAUCUAAUUAAUAGUUUAUAACAUUUCAGGCCUAAAUAAAGGCCUGCAAUAGGCAGAUUUACCUCUUGCAUAAUGUAUGUUUAAAUUUAAUGUUUAUUACAUGUCCUUAGCGUGUAGAGAACCGUCCAUUGACAAUCGGACAGAUAAGAUGGCAUCAAGAGUUGAUUAUGGUCUUUUCAUGUUAAUAAAUAUCUAAUUAAUAGUUUAUAUAACAUUUCAGGCCUAACGAAAGGCCUGCAAUAGGCAGAUUUACCUCUUGCAUAAUGUAUGUUUAAAUUUGAUGUUUAUUACAUGUCCUUAGCGUGUAGAGAACCGUGACAAAUUACAUAUUGUCCGCAAAAUGCAAAUGAAGAUAUCAUUCUGUACACAGGGAACUAUCAUCUUGGAGAUUAGACCUCCACCAUUAAUUGCCACCAUAUCUACAAAUUGAUAUACUUGUUUGUAAUGCGGUACUCCGUUUCACAUUCUGUCAUCCAAACAAAGACUGAAUAAACUUUUUCUAUUUUAUUACACGGAAGUGAAAUAAAUACAUCUCAAAAUUCAGAUACAGUGGUAAAUAAAUCUUUUCUAUUUUAUUAAAUGAAAGCAAAACAAAUACUUCUCAAAAUUCGUAUACGGUGGUUUCGACUCAAAUCCUCGAUUUAGGAAUGAGAAUGUCGGUCAACUAGCCUAAUGUCUGUUCUCAUGCGGAGCUAGUUGUGGACAGACAGCAUAAGUUUGGUAUGCCUUUGAUAUACGUUGUAAUAACUAAUAUACUGUGAUGUAUUAUAUUUUAAUAAAUUAUAUAUUUGUUUUAAGAAAUAAAAGUUAUUUUCUCCUUAUUA